GACUCGUCUGAAAGUGAACAAACUUUUUCACGAUGCGAUUCGAUGCUAUCGUUGGAGCGUUGCACAGCCAGUGAAUUGCCGUUCGCCCUGUCUACGUCCAAUUUGUUAAGUGCAUCGGCAACAAUAAAAGAAAAUCGUGUUCCGAUUGCAAUGGCCAUCCAUGAAUACAUUCAUGCUUGGUUCAAAGGUGCUGAUCACAGCAAGACGUCAGUGCGAGUUUUUGGCACUGUGCUUGCAUCAUUCCCGGCUACCGCUGUCCCCGCUUUGACUGAUCCCGGUUCGGAUAUUGAUUCACUUAUUUUCACGCUGAAAAAUGCUGAGAAGAUCAAAACCAUUCUUCCAUUUAAACAGAUCAUUAACAAAAAGGAGAAGUCAGUUUGGGAUGAAAAGUUGGACGAAGGUAGGCUGACUUAUCCAAACCAUGUACUGGGCACCUGCUUGGUCUUGUACUUCAUUUUGGUAGUGUAA